AUGGUUCCAGUCUCACUCAUUCGCGACGCCAGUCGUCGCUUCCUCCUCCGGACUGGUCGUGUCAACGUCGCCCGGAGCACAAGAUCGGCACGAGUUGUGCUGAAAUCUGGUCGAGAGUCUUCCACGUCAGAUGGACGACUGAUCGGCCCGAUCCCAUGGGAGAUAAGCAAAUGUACAAUUAGCACAAGGCCUAAUUUGUGGCUACGAUCACACUUUGCUCACUCCCACCAGCCCGCAAAAGAUACGCAAUCAACCUGCUGA